CGCACCUCUACAUACAGCGCUUGCCUUGAUAGACAACAGACGUACUCGAGGAGCACUCACUGUAACACAGAACAGAAACAUUUAUUGCUCGAAACAGCGGCUUUUUAAAGCCUCAAAGUCCUUCGGGCAGCUUCGGUUUGAUCCACUUUGGAUGGAGAGAAUCUCUCAGGUAACCGGUAUCAUGUGGUUGUGGAUUGUGUUCCUGACGCUUCCGUUCUUAACGUUUGGCAGCGGAUAUGAAUACCUCUACAAAGGAAUCAGCUCAGAAGAGCUUUAUGACAGUACCUUUGCCUACUGGAGCCUGAAUUUUUUGAAUAUGGACUCUGAGAUGGGAAGCUCAUCCACGCUUGCCUCAUCUUUUGGGGGCCCCAGUUUCUGCAGCAUUAAAGGUAUUGAUGUCCUCAAUGGGGCUGCGGUCCUGAACCAGACUUACUCUUCAGACUUGAAGUCAGCCAAGAUCACCUUGAGCUCCUAUCCGAAUGACUGCCCAACCAACCCACUGGCAUGCGCAGAUGGCUUCACCGUGGCUUUCUGGUUCAGCAUGAAGGAAGAUGUCAAUGAGACAUUGAAAGAUAACACAUGCAUGCUACUUAGCCUGAACGACACCUCAAAGAAUGGCUUUCAGAUUGCGUUCAAAGGAGACCAAAGAACCGUCUCUUUCCAGGCCCUCAACAUCACACUUGAGUCCACAGAAGUCUAUAAUGCCUCUGAUAUGUGGCUGUGGAACCAUGUGGGGAUGACAUGGGACAAUCGCACUGGAGAGCUCACGGUUUUCUCCAAUGGGCAAAAGGAUAAGUCGUGCAGCAUGACAGCGAUGGGGCACUGUCAGGCUCCUGUACCACUGCAAAAUCAAGGCUGCAGCUACCUUGCUCUGGAUGAAAUAGGGAUUUGGGACCGGCCCCUGAAUGAGAGUGAGAUGAGUGCUCUGAGGCUUGAUCCAUUUAACUUGACCAAUGAUUCAAGUACAACGGUUGUACCAACUGAUGGGUAUACAAUGCCACAAGACUACACUACUGUAUCAACUCUGGAACUAUCCACGGAACCUGCUCGUUUGGAGGCUACAACUGGAGAAGACGCCUUCAUGAAAUCCAAGCCAUCUUCAACUGAGGAACCCCUUUUAACUAAUAGGGAUGAUUCCAUAACCAAGAUUGACACAUCCCCCAUGUCUUCAACUCGGAUAUCAGACACAGCAUUAACAACUGGCAAGGAGACUACAACCAAACCAGAAAUAAUCACACCAGGAAGUACUCCUGGCCAGCACCAGACCACUACUGUUCAAAUCUACACAGAGAGUAUGUCUGACAGCACUUCUGCUGAUUCGAGCACAACUGAUAGAGUGGAGAUUACACAACCACUUGACCAACCUACUCUGAUAGAUGCGAAAAACGGGAUUGAUACUAGUGCAAAUGCUGAAGAAUUCCUCAGCAACCUGACCUUUGUAGCCAAAUACUUGAGCAAGUACAAAGGAACGCCAGAUCGCAUUAACGCGUCAAUUCUGGCAGUCAUUCUGAAGACCACUGGCGACAAAGUGGAUGCACUGUUGGUGGAUGAAAAAGAUUAUCGGAGAAGAAAUGUGCUGAAGGUUUACAUGGAGAUUGUGAACCAGGUCCUUGAAAUUAACAAGAAUACAACUGAGGGUAGCAUGGCAACAAGCAGUUUUAUGGAAGGUGUACGCCUCAGUGCAGCAGUGGACAACACGAUUGCUGCCUAUAUCAGAACCGAGAGUGGCAGUGUUCCGCUGAUCGUCAAUAAUACGUUUGUUGAUACAAAGGUGGAUGUGCUUCAUCCACACAAUAUGAGUGGCACUGUGGAAUUGGGACACGGCACUGGAGAAGAUGAAAAACCAAAAGUUGCCGUCACCAUUCCUCAGAGCAUCUUCGGGACCGGUCAAACUGGCCGGUUGGCUGUAACUUCAUACUACCAAGGAAUUCGGAAGCAUCUUCCUUCAACAUUGGAGGGAGUGAAGGAUAGGGCCACUGUGCACAGUUUGCUGGUUGGUAUCGUCAUCAAUGCCAGUUCACUAACUGACUUCAAGGACAAUGUGCAGAUUGAAAUCUCCCAUUCAGAGGUUGCUGGUGACAAAAUUGCUAAAUGUGCAUUCCUCAAAGACUCUGUUUGGUCAACAGACGGCUGCACCACAUUAAGCAAGACCACAAGUACUGUUUGCUCAUGCAGCCAUUUGACCAACUUUGCUGUGCUGGUCUCGCCCAAUCCGUUGAAUUUGUCUAAAGGGGAUACUGUCGCCCUGGAUGUUCUAACCUAUCUUGGAUUGACUAUCUCCAUCAUCUGCUUGCUUCUCACGCUCAUCAUUCUCAAUGUCCUGAGGCAGUUGACCAGUACUCGUAUCAGCAUCUUGAAGCACACUGCAGCUGCCUUGCUCAUUGCUCAUUCUAUGUUUCUCGUUGGAAGCAUCGUGAGCAACUCGUCAACCUUAUGCAAAGUGGUGGCCGGUCUGACGCACUAUUUCUUUCUGGCCGUGUUCUUUUGGAUCUUCAUCCAAGGGGUGCACAUGUACAUGAAAGUACGCCGUGCCCUGAAGGGCGGGAUUGACCUGAUCUACUACUGCCUCUUUGGCUGGGGUGUUCCACUGGUAAUUGUGGCCAUCAGCUUUGGCAUAAGGCACAUGGAUUACGGAGUGGGCGAGAUUUGUUGGAUUUCCGUUAAAUCUGGAGCUGGGGCUCUGGUUGCCUUCCUUGGACCGGCCUACUUUGUAUUGGCAGUCAAUUUGGUGGUGAUGUGCAUGGUGUUGCACGUGUUUAUGUCAGUGAAGGUCAACAAAGAUAAGUCUGAAAAGGACAAGAUCAAGUCAGGCAUGAAGGCUGUCGUUGUGAUGACACCCAUCCUGGGCCUGACCUGGCUGUUUGGCUUGCUGCUCAUCAUCAAAGAUAGCACGGUUUUUGCCUAUCUCUUUGUUAUUUUCAACUGCCUGCAGGGGCUGUUCAUCUUCUUCUUUCAUGUCAUUUUCAAUGAUGAGGUGAGGCAGGCGUACGUCAAGACACGCAACAAGAUUGCGGCAAGUAAGGAUUCCUCAACCCACCUCACGAAAAUGACGAAACCAUCAAAAACCGCAAGAGAUCACACCACUACUGACGAUACCAUGACAAACGUCAAUUAAGGCUGUAGCAAUUUCACCGGACCUGAAGGCUGUUCCUUGUGGUGCCUAACCCAGUGGGGAGUGAUGACUCUCACUAUUUUGUGACCCAAAUUUGGGCUGAGCAUGCACCAUCAAAAUCCUGAUUUUAAACAUAAUGGAUCUAUAAAUGCAUGUUAAAAAAUCUACAAAUAAUUAAAUCCUAUGAAAAUAUUGUUAACUACACAGAAUAUCCAGAGAAUUAUAUGUACACAUUUGUUAGAGAACGUAAAAACUGUAAGUACACAACUAUUUUCUUCUGGAAUGGUUUCAGCUUGGAAUAUAAUUAAAUAUAUGCUUGUAAAUUAUGGCACUCAUCUCACAAAUUACUUACACCUUGUGAGAAAUAUUGGACAAAUGCUGUUUAUUAUUGCUAAUUUUAUCCUACACUUUUGGUUAUUAACUUUGCACCGUUUCUGCGAGAUUUUUGAACUGUUGAAAUUUUGAAGUUUUGCAAUUGUAUUCAGCUUACGUCGUAAGUGCAAUGCGUGAUAUGAAAAUAUGAAAAUCGUGAAAAAAAUUUCAAGGCUGUAUAAAGUACCCAGGCUUUAAAUUAAGAGUUGUAUUAUCAAAUAACUGUGAGAUCGUUGUAACACUAGUUUGUAAAAUGAAUACACACGAAUUUGACCAAUUUCUUUUAUUCACGAUAAGUGCAUGCUGACAGUCACAUGUGGAUGUUUGUGCAGAGUAAAAUUACUGUUGGAGGUAAUUGCACAACAAAAUUAAAUCUUUUAACAAAUUGAACUUCAAUUUUGAAAUUUUGAUACUGCACUGGUGGUACACCUACACUUUUCCAAAUCAACAAAUUUUGAGUGGUUUCAGAUUGACAACUUACUAACAAAUUUUCAUGACUUGUUGGGGUCACUCGAGACUAGUGACUUCUCAUAUCGAGGGGAUGGACAAUUGAAAAAUAUUAAAGGAAGAGUGAUGAAAAAGCAACCCUUGUCCCCCCCACGGGGGGGGGAAGAGGAAAGUGGGUGAAAGUCGUCUGUCAUUAUACUGUCAAAUGUAUAUAAUGUAUUUUCUAAACUGUGAAUUGGUUAGUGUCACUUUGUAAAAUUUGUUCAUGUUUGCAUGCACAAGGAACUGCGACAUACUCAUUGCACUCCAAACAAUUAUGGCAAAAAGUGUAGAUUGACUUUGCUAAGUAAAUUAUGUGUUGAAUGAAUAAUCUUGUGUUGUAAUUAGAUAGCUUAAUGUGUAAGUUUACUUCAUGAUUGUUUUUUCGUACAGAAUGAAGUUAUUGUAGAAUAAUUCAAAUGUCAUUGUAUUUAUAAUGAAAUAUAUUUAUGCUAAUUGUAUAUCUUUAAUUUUUCUGUUUUUAUUGGGUUAAAAAAAUUGUUAAAGCAAAUAAGAACAUGUAGGCAUACAUUCGCUUGGGUAAGAAAGACAUAAUUAGCAAAACUCAAAUUUGCUAAAACCAAUCAGAAAUUAUGCUAUUUAGAAUGAAAUGGGCAGAGAAGAGUUUGUAAGAACGUUCGGGCAAACAGUGUAAAAUAUGCAACCAGUAACCAAGUUUAUAACUAGUUUCUCAGUUCAACGAUGUAUGGGAUUAGGUGGUAAUUUGCACUUUUAAUGAAUGUAGUUAGAGUGUACCAAAGAGAGCACCUUUACGCUUACAUAACGCUUGUGCUAUUAAAUUUGUGAGAUCUCUGCACCCUUUAGAAGUGGAUGCGAACAGGGAGAAAAUAUUGCGUAUAAAAACGUCGGGGUAAAAUUGAAAUGUUUGGAUUGGAGGGGGUCAGACUACUGGGAAAUUGUAAUAUAGUAAGCCAUUGUUGCAUCAUCCUCCCCUUGCUGGAUAGAUGAUUCACUUAAAAAAAAGAGGUGGAUCCACGAUUUUUGCUGGGGGAUAUUGUGUUCGCACGGGGAGGGGGCAUGGAGGACGAAAAGUGGCCAUCUGCUUUUCUGCUAUCAGAAUGGUAGAAAAGCAGAUUUUAUUUUUUCUUCAUUC